CACUCGUCUGCUAAUAGAUACUUUUAUUCCCAGCAGCAAGGCACGGAAGAUACAGUAAUACUUACCAACAUCACCUGCAAAAAGAAAAUAGUACAACAUGAAGCCUAUGAUCACGUGUCUGCUCCUCGUCGGAGUGGCAGAUGUUUACAUUUUCGGUGCAACGCCGCCCGGUGGUCCGAAACUCAGAUUGGCAGUGGAUGAAGACGAUUCCUUCGUGGCUGUUUACGAAAAAUUCGUCUCUCCCGCCGAGGCCACUCACGUCGCGAAACUGGCAGAUAAGAUGGGUUGGAAAACAUGGCCGCAAUAAACACAGCGAUGAAGACAAAGUACUAAAUUUUGCUUUUAUUUGGCUGUAUUCUCAUCUUAUGAUUUUGAUUUCAUCUUCGACAUAAUUCCAAAUCCAAUCGAGAACGCAAUAUGCAGGAGAUAAGAAAGAGUGUCCAGAUGAACAACAAUCAUGUUGACAUAUAAAAAUUAUUUCACUCCUAGGUACAUCCAG